AACUAACCGCCAAUAAACUCGAAUGCCACCAAAUUCCCUCCUCCAUCAAUUAAUUGCUUGAGCGCGCACUUUCUCUUCACAUCUCUUCGCUUCCUCUUUCCUACCGUCUCUCUGUACCUAUCGAUCACUUCGGAUUCUACAGCAGAAUCGAACCUCCUUGGUGGAAGAUGGCGGGCAAGGGUGGGAAGGGCCUCGUUGCUGCUAAGACGACCGCGGCAUCCAAGGAUAAGGACAAAAGGAAGCCGGUUUCACGCUCUUCUCGUGCCGGACUCCAGUUCCCAGUUGGUCGAAUUCACCGGCAGCUAAAAUCAAGAAUUGCAGCCAAUGGUCGUGUCGGUGCAACAGCAGCAGUGUACUCUGCAGCCAUCCUUGAAUACCUUACUGCUGAGGUUUUGGAGUUGGCUGGGAAUGCCAGUAAGGACUUGAAGGUUAAGCGAAUCACUCCUCGCCACCUGCAACUGGCUAUUCGCGGUGAUGAGGAGCUUGAUACUCUCAUCAAGGGAACCAUUGCAGGUGGUGGAGUCAUUCCCCAUAUUCACAAGUCCCUGAUCAACAAGUCUACUAAGGAAUGAACAUAGUUUCGUAUGCUUUGUUUUGCUUAUAUGUUUUGCUUUGGAUUUCUGGACCGUUAACAUAGAUUGAAACAGUUAUGUUAUGUAUUCUGACUUGUUAUGUCUUGGUUGGUUCUCCUUGUUAGUUUUAUGUGUUAGUUGUAGAAAAGAUGUGGAUUCAUGGUUUUUCAUGUUGUUGUGAACGAUAUCUUGUUCUUCUUUGCCCA